GAGUUCCUGCCUCCCGGAGCAGCUCCCGCGGUUCCCGGCACAGCCCAGCAGCUCGAGCCGCCCGAGCACGUCUGGUUCGUCAUCCAUGCGGCAGACUACGAUCUGCUCUCGAGGGACCUGCCGAGCUUCCGCCACAUCGUCACCAGGAGCAUCUCAACCUCGCUGGGCGUGCCCAUCAGCUGCGUCGAGAUGCUCGACCUGAACGCCGGGGCCAGGGGCGGCUCCGUGGUGGCCCUGGCGCUGCGCGGCGGCCGCGGCAGAGGCGCGGGGGAGCUGCGGCGCGAGCUGGGGCAGCAGCUGCGCAGCACCAGCAGCGCGCUGCGGCGCGGCCGCCUCGCGGAGUACCUCACGAGCGCGGAGAUGUUCCUGUCCAGGCCCAGCCACAGCCCGACGGGUGCCGAAGGCGAUCCCUGGCCUGCGCAGGUGGCUCACACGUACGCUGUCGACCGAGGAGCUCAGGCCCGGGACCAGGCCACCGCCCUGAUCGAGGUGGUUGCCAAGAUGCGGCUAGAGCAGGCCCGGCUCGGGGCGGCCGAGGCGGAGCACCAGUCCGCGCUGUCUGAGUUGCAGGCGAGAGACGCCGUGGUGGCCCAGCUGCGGGAGGAGCUGGCACGCAGGGAGCGGCUGCGGGAGGCCGAGGAGGAAAGGCUGCGGGAGGAGCGCGCCGCUCAGGAGCGGCUGCGGGAGGGGACGCGGCUGCGGGAGGAGCAGGCCGCCCAGGAGAGGCUGCGGGAGGAGCAGGCCGCCCAGGAGAGGCUGCGGGAGGAGGCGCGGCUGCGGGAGGAGCAGGCCGCCCAGGCCUGCCUCCGCCGCCAGAGCCCGAGAAGAGAAACAGCAGGUCCUCGUGUUCUUCGUGGCACCAGCUGGCUCUCGUGGGCGAGGCGGAGGCAUUCGUGCAGGCCGUGGCGCUCGGCAGCGUGGAGGCGCUCGCGCAGGAGGGCCUCUCGAGCGCGCGGACCAUGGCCGGCCACCCGCCGAUGA